AUGCAGCUCCGCCGGCAACCGCUUCCUGCGCCCCGGCCGGGGGACCCGUACCCCGCCGCCCCGCUGCUCGCGCUGCUCCUGCUGCUCGCCCUCCAGGGGGCGGCGGCGGCGCCCGCGGGGUCCGGGGAGCCCGAGGACUCCGGGUGGCGUCAGGACGCGGCGCUCCCGCGCGGGUUCCUGUCGCAGGCGGCGCGCGCGGCGCUGCACUUCUUCAACUUCCGCGCGAGCUCGCCCAGCGCCCUUCGAGUGCUGGCUGAGGUGCAGGAGGGCCGCGCGUGGAUUAAUCAAAAGAAGGAAUAUAAAGUUGACCUGGCGUUUACCACGGAGCUCUACAACCCAGAGUGAUAAGGAACCAUUCUAAUUCCAAAAUCUUUAUUUCAGGAAGGUAAGGAACGUCUGGGGAAAUGUUCUGCUCGAGUGUUUUUCAGGAACGAGAAAUCCAGACCGGCCAUUAAUAUAACAUGUACUCGGCUCAUUGAGAAGAAGACAAGACAAGAAGAAGAUUAUCGGCUCUAUAAGUACAUGAAGCAACUUCAAAACCUCUUGGAUGUAGUCAGCAUUCCUGAUAGUCAUGGAGAUAUUGAUCCCUCUCUGAGACCCAUCUGGGAUUUAGCUUUUCUGGGCAGCUCUUACGUGAUGUGGGAAAAGACAACACAGUUUUUACACUACUACAUGGCACAGCUCAGCAGUGUGAAGCAGUGGAAAACAAAUGAAGAUGCAAUUGAUUUUGAUUAUACUGUUCUACUCCAUGAAUUCUCAACACAGGAAAUGAUUCCCUGUCAUAUUCACUUGGUCUGGUACCCCGGCAAACCACUGAAGGUGAAGUACCACUGUCAAGAGCUACAGACACCAGAAGAAGCCUCUGGAACUGAAGAGGGAUGAGCUGUGGCACUGACAGAGCUUAGUAAUUUCUGA